CCCCCAUCCCGGAGCCGUUUCGCUUUGGGCCGUGAGCGGGGGGCGGCGGGGCCGGGGCCGUGAGGGGCGGGGGGCCGGGACCGGGGCCGGUGCUACGGGAGGGGGCCGGGGGGGGUUAAGGGAGAGGCGCGGAGGCAGCGAGGGCCCGGACCCCGCCUUCCCGGGGCUCCCCCGCGGCGGUGGCGGCGCUGCCCCUCCGGGCCUGGGCCCUCCUCGGAUGAGGCGCUGAGGCCGGGCCCUUCCUCACCCCCCCCCCCUCACCCCCCCCAACCCCAACCCCGCUCUCCCCUCAGGCCCCGGGGCCGUGCAUGGUGCGGGGAGGAGAGGCCUUAGCGCGCCUUUAAGCAGCGGGGGGGGCCGGUUUCGGGGCCUGCCCCCCCCCACCCCUCCCUCCCCUCCCUCCCCUUUCCUCCUCCUUGCCCCCCUCUCCCUGCUUGGGGGGGGGGCAGCGCGGCCGGGGGAGGGAUGCCCAACCCGGAGAGGCACGGGGGCAAGAAGGACGGUGGGGGUGGGGGUGGGUGGGGGGGCUCGCAGCAUGGGGGGAGCGGGGGUAAGGAGAGGCACCGGGCGGCCUCCAGGCACAAGCGGCACAAAUCGCGGCACUCCAAGGAAGGGCCGGCGGUGCUGGCGGCUCAGGAGGCCUCGGCGGCCCCGCUGGGAGCCGUGCUGAAGCCAUUGGUGGAGUACGACGACAUCAGCUCGGACUCGGACACCUUCUCGGACGAUGUGGGCCUCAAAGCGGAGCGCAGGGAGAACGAGGAGAGGAGGGCGGAGAGGAGCGAGAGGGCGACCAAGCACCGGCACCACCAGCACAAGAGGGUCCGCGAGCUGCUGAAGAGCAAGCAGGCGGAGAAGGAGAGGAAGCUGGAGAAGAGCCUGGAGGCUUCCAGCAGGGCCGGGGCGACCAAGGACAGGGUUUCGGGGUCCUCCAAGAGGCUCCUGGAAAGCGAGGAGCACCCCAAGGCGCCGUCGUCCAAGAGCAGCACCAAGGAGUCCCGCUCGGGCAAGGCGCACAAGGAGAAAUCCAGGAAGGAUCGGGAGCUGAAGUCGAGCCACAAGGAGCGCAGCAAGAGCCACCGCAAGCGGGAGGCUCCCAAGAGCUACAAAACCGUCGACAGCCCCAAGCGGAAAUCCAGGAGCCCCCAUAGGAAAUGGUCGGACAGCCCCAAGCUGGACGAUAGCCCCUCGGGAGCCUCUUACAUCCAGGAGUACGACCUCAGCCCGCCCCGCUCGCACACGUCCAGCACCUACGAGCCCUAUCGCAAGAGCCCCGGCGGCUCGUCGCGCCGGCCUUCCCUCAGCCCCCCCUACAAGGAGCCGGUGGCUUACCAGUCCAACGCCCGCUCGCCCAGCCCCUACAGCCGCCGGCAGAGGUCCGUCAGCCCCUACAACAGGAGGCGCUCCUCCAGCUACGAGCGAGGCAGCGGCUCCUACAGCGGCCGCUCGCCCAGCCCCUACGGCCGCCGGCGCUCCAGCAGCCCCUUCGCCGCCAAGCGCUCCGUCAGCCGAAGCCCCAUCGCCAGGAAAUCCGUGAAGUCCCGAAGCCGAAGCCCCGGCUACUCCAGGCACUCAUCUCACAGCAAGAAGCAGAGGUCUGGGUCGCGCAGCCGCCAUUCCAGCAUCUCGCCCACCAGGCUGCCGCUCAACUCCAGCCUGGGGGCAGAGCUCAGCAGGAAGAAAAAGGAGCGGGCGGCAGCGGCGGCAGCUGCCGCCAAGGUGGAUGGAAAGGAGGCAAAGGGCUCGCCGGUUUUCCUGGCUAGGAAGGAGAACAGCUUGGCUGACCUGAAGGAGCCUGGGACGGAACCUAAAAAGGUCGCCAAAACUGUUAAAUCUGAAAAAUCUUCUUCAGAUACGGAGCUAGUGAACUUACCGUGUACAAACGCAGAGCCUAAAGCACCUGCAGAGACAACAAAAGUCAAGGCGGAGGAGAACUCGGAGAGGAAGCAUCCUGCUCCAGUCAGAGAUUCGAAACAGCCGGGAACAAAAGACUCAAAGCCUGUAGCAGCGGCCGAGGACCUUCGGUCUCCAAAAGAGCCGGACACGGCAGAGAAGGAGAUCCCACCCCCGCUCCCUUCCAUCAAAUCACCUCCUCCCCCUCUGCCGACAACCACACCGCCCCCUCCAACUCCACCCUUGCCACCUUUGCCUCCGUCACCCGCCGUCCCGCCUUUGCCACCAUCCCAACAGACUCCCGUUCAGGUCCCUCCUUCGGUCCCAACGUCUUUGCCAUCUUCUUCCCACCCAAGGACGUCUACUUUAUCCUCUCAGGUGAACUCCCAGUCCUCUGUCCAAGUCGCUACAAAACCACAAGUGUCUGUGACGGCUGCUAUCCCGCACCUGAAAACUUCAACGUUGCCUCCGCUUCCGCUCCCCCCUCUUUUAGUUGGGGAAGAUGACUUGGAUAGUCCAAAAGAGAUUCUUCCUCCAAAACCUGUGAAGAAAGAUAGAGAGCAGAGACCACGACACUUACUCACGGACCUCCCGCUCCCUCCAGAGCUCCCUGGGGGGGAUCCAUCUCCUCCCGACUCCCCGGAACCAAAGGCAGCCACACCACCUCAGCAACCCUUCAAGAAGAGACCAAAAAUCUGUUGUCCUCGAUAUGGGGAAAGGAGGCAGACAGAAAGCGACUGGGGGAAGCGUUGCGUGGACAAGUUUGACAUCAUCGGGAUUAUUGGAGAAGGGACGUAUGGGCAGGUGUACAAAGCCAAGGACAAGGAUACAGGUGAAUUGGUGGCUCUCAAGAAGGUGCGACUGGACAAUGAAAAGGAAGGCUUCCCCAUCACAGCCAUCCGCGAGAUCAAAAUUCUUCGGCAGCUGAUCCAUCGCAGUGUUGUUAACAUGAAGGAAAUUGUCACGGACAAACAAGAUGCACUGGAUUUCAAGAAGGACAAAGGUGCCUUUUACCUUGUGUUUGAGUACAUGGACCAUGACUUAAUGGGGCUGCUAGAAUCUGGCUUGGUACAUUUCUCAGAGGACCAUAUCAAGUCUUUCAUGAAACAGUUAAUGGAAGGUCUGGAUUACUGUCACAAAAAGAAUUUCCUUCAUCGAGAUAUCAAGUGCUCCAACAUCUUACUGAACAACAGUGGGCAAAUCAAACUUGCAGAUUUUGGACUCGCCCGACUCUACAGCUCGGAGGAGAGCCGUCCAUACACAAAUAAAGUCAUUACGUUAUGGUAUCGACCUCCAGAAUUGCUGCUAGGUGAGGAGCGUUACACGCCGGCCAUAGAUGUGUGGAGCUGUGGCUGUAUCCUCGGGGAACUGUUUACAAAGAAGCCUAUUUUUCAAGCCAAUCUGGAACUGGCUCAGCUUGAAUUAAUCAGCCGCCUCUGUGGGAGCCCCUGUCCAGCAGUGUGGCCAGAUGUCAUCAAGUUGCCCUACUUCAACACUAUGAAACCCAAGAAGCAAUACCGAAGGCGCCUGCGUGAGGAGUUCUCCUUCAUUCCCUCGUCUGCUCUCGACCUGCUGGACCACAUGCUGACGCUAGACCCUGGCAAGCGCUGCACAGCAGAACAGGCCCUGCAGAGUGACUUCCUGAAGGAUGUUGACCUGAGCAAAAUGGCACCCCCAGACCUUCCCCACUGGCAGGACUGCCACGAGCUGUGGAGCAAGAAGCGACGGCGGCAGCGGCAGAGCGGGAUCGCAGUGGAGGAGCCACCGUUAUCAAAAGUUUCUCGGAAAGAAACUACCUCUGUUACAAGCACAGACACUGUCAAAAACAACAGCAGUCCUGUGCACUCACAGCCUGCCCAGCUCAAAACAGAGCCUGGCGUUGGAGAUGCAGUAGGCCUCGGAGACAUCACCCAGCAGCUGAAUCAGAGCGAGCUCGCUGUUCUGCUGAACUUGCUGCAGAGCCAGACUGAUCUGAGCGUCCCCCAGAUGGCCCAGCUGUUAAACGUACACUCGAACCCAGAGAUGCAGCAGCAGCUGGAGGCUCUCAACCAGUCCAUCAACGCUCUGACGGAAGCCACCACGCAGCAGCAGGAGUCUCAGGCGGCGGCGGCGGCAGCAGCAGCAGAGGAAGCCAUAGAAGAGCCACCCACGGAGGCCCAGCCACUGGAGGAGCAGGUGACUCCAGAAGCAGCCGGUGCUCAGGGAGAAAUGCAGAACGUGCUGGCCGUUCUGCUCAGCCAGCUGAUGAAGAGCCAGGAGCCUGUCAUAACCCUGGAGGAGAGCAAAGGGGAGAAAAGCAGCGAGCAGCGGGGGCCAAGGAAAACCCCGACAGUGCAUCCGGAGGAAAGCACAGAGAAGAGACCCCCCGAGCCCCCCGGACCACCGCCGCCGCCGCUGCCGCCUCUCUCCGAAGGAGACCUCUCCAACGCGGCGCCGGAGCUGAACCCAGCCGUGACGGCUGCUCUGCUGCAGCUUUUUUCCCAGCAAGAGGCAGAGUCGCAGAGCCACGCGGCGCACGAGCACCAGGCCUCCAGGUCGGCGGACUACGGCAGGUCCCACUCGUCCAGGACUUACAGCGCCGAGGGCUCCGAGGGGGGAUUCGGGGCCGAGGAGCUGAACUCGGGCCAGACGCUGCUGGAACCUUCUGCCCAGCCUCUGGGGAAAAGCAGGACCUUUUUGGGCUCCGUGAGCCACCUCGGGGAGACGAGCAGUUACCAGGGCAUGGGCUCUGUCCAGUUCCCAGGGGACCAGGACCUCCGCUUCGCACGAGUCCCCGUAGCCAUACACUCGGUCGGGCAACCCUUUGCCAAAACCGAGGGGAGCAACAACGCCGCCGCCACCACCACCACCACCACGCUGCUGCACCCGGAGGCCAAAAUCCAAAAUUACGGCGAGCUGGGCGCGGGGACGGCCGCCGCCAGCGGGGCAGGAACCGGACACGCAUGGGGUGCCCCCAGCCAGGUUGCGCCCUACGGCAAGGCUUACCGCGGGCCCGGCCGGGUGCCUCCACGGGGGGGACGGGGCCGAGGGGUUCCCUACUGAUCCUCGUCCUCUCGCCCUCACCUCUCCCUGCCUCGCCUCGUGGCCGUGAGUGAGAUUUGGGCCAAGAGCCAGGGCUGGGCUGCGCUCCCCGUUGCGUUCCUUGCUGCGACGUCCCCUGCUCCUGGCUUUGGGGGCGUGCUGGGAAAACCUCUCGUGCUUGGGUAGUGACAAAAAAAAAAAAAAAAUACCACCACGGUGAGGUUUCUGCCCUGAGCCAGCAGAGGAGGGGGGGGAGCUAGUGAAAAAAGAGGAGGAAUGGGACAAACCAGCCGCGGCGGAGGAAUGAAAUAAAGGAAUUUGGCAAGCUGGGCUGCGGCGCUUCUCAGAGGGAGAAGCCAGGGGGGGCAGGUAGGGGCAGAGGGAGAGCCUGCUUCCCAAAGCGAUGUUUUCAAUCCCCUUUAAAAAAAACAAAAGGAAUAAAUAAAUGGAAAUAUAUCACUGCAGGGACACUGGGCUCAGUUGUCUUGGCUGUGGACAGCCCGGACGGGGCACUGGCUUGUACUCAGACCUCCCCACCCCGCUUCCUUCCCACCCAGCCCCUUCCUCGCUCGAUUCCACGUUGAGGUUCCGACCCUGGUGGCUCUGGGGCACUUCUCUUCUGACAGUAGCCUUAGAAAAUUGGCUUUCGGGAGGGGUCUCUUUGAGUUUUGUACCUCUCCUGCCCUAAAGUUGCAGUGGGAAGCGUUUUUUUUUUUGUUUUUUUUUCUUUUUUUUUAGAUGCUCGAGAGCCGAAGCGAACACCUCACACAGAAAUACGGAUUCUUUGUCAGUCAGGACUUCCAAACCGCUGAGAGAAUUAAAGUUUGAAAACAAAACCAACGCCGAAUGUGGUGGGGAGGCUCCAGGAGGCUGCCUGUGGGGCGGGCAGCGGCUCGGGGCCGCAGAAACCUUUUUGUUGGGGAAGUGUUCCCGGGAGCCCCCUCCUCCCACAGGGCGCUGCGGUGCCCGUUUCCAUGAGACUUUGGCAAAAGAGACGAAUAAACCAGAGGUACAUAUUUAUAAGGUUUUUUUUUCCAAGUAGGCCUUUCCUAUGGAAAACAGAGUUGUUGAGUUCACAGGCAUUGCGGCAGCCUUUGGCUUUAUUUCUUUUUUCCCCCCGAUGCGCCCGGCCGGGAAGGGCGAGCGGCUCCUGCUGCGCAUCCCCGGCGUGGGUCUGGGGUUUGGGGCAGCUUUUUGAUUUUUUUUUUAAUUGCCAGUUUAUGCCUGACAUGCUGGGGGGGAGGGGGGUUGAAGAGAAGUUGUGUAAGAUGCAGAGCGCGCUAAAUAAAGCAGUCACCUCUCCAGAGUUGUUUUUUUUUUUUUUUAAUUUAUUUUUUUUUUCUCUCCACCGUGCAGCUGCCAGCGCUGGUGCGUGGUGGAGCUUUUGUUGUUGUUGUUCUGCCUUUUCCUCCUGAGCCCAUCCAAUUUGGAAGGAAAAGUCGUGUUCCAGGGCUGAAUCCUCUUAGGAAGCGGAUGCCUAUUUAUUAUCUUUCCAAAUUUGGCUUCUCCCCAGAAAAGCCCGACGAGGACGGAGCCUUCCUUAACCCAGCAGGGCAGGAGCGGCCUCCCCAGGACCUGGCACGGCCCCGUGAGCUUUUGGGGUCGAGCUUGGGGUUGUUCCCCGUGGGGCGAUGCCGGGGCUGGGGGGCACCAUGAGGCCCCAGCCCCAGCUCCGGGGCCACUUGGGUUUGCAGCAGGGACCCCAGGUGGGCUCCUGGCCCUCUGUGCCCCGAGCAGGGGACAGAAAUCCCGGACUUCUGUCCCUUGUUCGGGUCCGUGGCUCUCGCCGCUCCCUGGCAGAGCUGGGGGCUCCUCCACCAGUGGCUCUUCCAAACUGGUCCCACCACCAAGCUCCCGGUCCCUGCGAGGACAGAGCAAAGGCUGCGGGUGCCAGGGCCAAGGAUUUGGUCCCAAAUUUCACCCCAUGGUGCAGGAGAGCUGGGGGGGGAAUCGCCCUCCUGCAGCCUCAGCAUCCCCUUUUUCUUUUUUUCUUUUUUUUUUUUUGAAGUGGCUCUGUACAAAGAAGACAAAAGGAUUUACCGAGGGGGGGAAAACAUGCGUUGACAGGAUUUAGGAAGCGAUGCAGCUUGCAGACAAGCUGUUGGAGGAGCCCACCCCGCCUCUCCUCCCGAAUUUGAUGGCGUUGGGGUCGGUGCCCGGCGGGGAAGCGGCUGGCUGGGCUCUCUCUGUACCUCUCCCGAGUUCCGUUUCGAGCCCCGAGCGCGCCUUUUUUUGGUUGUACCUUUGUCUCUGUACAGAUAUUUUGUAAUAUAUUAAAAAAAAAAAA